CAUUGACAUAAGAAAAAUGUGAACUAGUGGUACCAAAUGAAUGUUAGAUGAAUAUAAUUUUUAUAUAUAAGAAGAUAAAGUAUAAAACGACUUGUGAAUAAACUUUGUGUACAAAUUGUAGUUUAUAAUACUUUAAAAAUAAAAUUUUAAUAGAUUUAACAUAAGAAUCGUCAUGCCGCCAAAAAAACAACCAGAGAAAGGUGGUAAAAGUGCUGGAGGUAAUAAAACUGGCAGUGGAGGAAAAUCAAGCGGUGAUAGUAAAGAAGCCGGAGGAAAAGAAAAAAAAGGUGGGACAGCUGUCAAAGUUCGGCACAUAUUGUGCGAGAAACAAUCUAAGUGUUUGGAAGCACUGGAAAAAUUGAAAGCUGGACAAAAAUUUCCUGAUGUAGCAGCCGCAUAUAGUGAAGAUAAAGCCAGACAAGGGGGAGACCUUGGUUGGAUGACCCGAGGUUCUAUGGUCGGGCCCUUUCAAGAUGCGGCUUUUGCUCUGCCCAUAUCUUCAGUCACGAAUCCUAUAUAUACCGAUCCUCCAAUUAAAACAAAGUUUGGCUACCAUAUUAUAAUGGUUGAAGGUAAAAAAUGAGCGAAAUGGGUUUAGAGUUUGAAUACUUCUGGGCGAUACUUUUGUUAUUUAUCAUGGAAAGAAUUUGUUGUUUGCAAGAACAAUUUGAUAAGGAUUUACUUAUUCUACCAGAUCCACAGCGAUCCAAUAUAUCAUUAAGAUCAAAUAUUGAUGAUAUUGUUAAUAGAGAGUAAGUUGGUAUUUAAUUACAAUUAAUUAUUACAAUUUGAGUGCAGACUUAAUAAAAAACUAUUAAAUUUUUAUUUUUUUUUAAAGUCAGACUAGGGGCUUAAAUGGCUUUAACAGUGGUCAAAUAUCUGAUACAUUACUAGUUUUUUACUGUUAUUUACCGAUACAGCCAUAAGUUGAUGAAGAUGAUGAUGAUCAUCCACUUGCCAUAAGUUUAAACGCUGAUUGAUAAUCCCAUUAAAUAUUGAUAAAACUAAUACACACACUCUUACUUGUAAAUUCCUUAGAAUUUAAAUUCUAUAUUGCUUUAGCAACAAGUGUCCAUAUGAUACAUGCAGGUUUCUUCACAAUGUUAUUUUUCACCUCUGAUCAUGGGAUGAUUUGAACCUGCUCUCAAUUGAAUGAUGUCAUACAAUGCCUAUGCCGUCCGAGUUCGUUCCAAUUAACUAUUGUUGCAGUUACGGUUUGAAGCUUAGUUUCCUGCGUUUGUAUCGAUUAAUGCACGUAACAAUGCUUCUGACACUUGCAAACUUUUGUAAUAUAUGCCUUUUGUUCAUUAUGGCUAAGAAAAUGUCGUCCAGAAGACUCAAGUAUAUGUUAAACAUAACUUCAUCAUAAAAAUAUAUACUCUGAACUGUUUGCAUAAAAAUAAAAAGCAUUUUUACAG